AACAUCACCCCAUGGUUUGUUCGCAAUGUGCAGCUACAGUGUACUGUUGGAACAGUGUUAGGAGCUUUUAUCGGUAACAGAUCAACAGAUCCCUACCCCAUCUGAAAUUCUGAAUCCGAAUAUCUAAAUAUCUAAUCCCGAUUGACGUUCUUUCCUUUGUUUAUAGUUUGUAGUACCGAAUAUAACCAAACCCCUGACCCUGAUCAUUGGAGAGUCUAGUUCACGGCACAAACAAGCGAAGGAGCUUCAGUUAUUCGACAUUAUGACUUAUGGUUUUUACACUCAGAGCAAAGCCUACCUCCAACGGUAACCGCAUUUCAAAAAUUCUUCAGUUGCCCCAAGUCUUUCUCUCAUUCUCUUCCCUCACACCAAAUUCUCUCCAAACCUUACACAAUGGCCUUGAAAGCAAUACAAGAGAAUUGGAUUUCAAUGCAGUCUUCCUCUCCUGCACCGAUACGCACAUCGCCAAGUGCCUUCACGCUCACCUUUUGGUGUCUGGGAAUGCCCGGAACAUUUUCUUCUCCACUCGACUUGUUAACCUCUACGCCGACCUUGGUGACGUCUCCUUUUCUUGCCUCGCUUUUGAACAAAUCCCAAAGAAGAAUGUCUUCGCCUGGAAUUCGAUGAUCUCUGGUUAUGUCCGCAAUGGUUGUUACCGUCAAGCUGUCGAUUGUUACUCUCGUUUGUUAACUACGUCGGGAGUUCGACCUGAUUUCUUCACUUUUCCUGUUGUGUUGAAAGCUUGUUGGGACCUGAGCGAUGGGAGGAAGAUGCAUUGUUGGAUCUCUAAACUUGGUAUUGGUUCGGAUGUCUUUGUGGCUGCUUCUUUGGUUCAUAUGUAUUCAAGGCUCGGAUUCGUGGACGACGCUCGUAAAAUGUUCGACGAAAUGACGGUACGAGAUAUGGGCUCAUGGAAUGCGAUGAUUUCUGCAUAUUGUCAAAAUGGAAAGGCAGCGGAGGCUCUGGAGGUAUUUGAGGAGAUGAGGUUGGAGGGGAUGAAGUUGGACCCAGUCACCAUCUCAAGUAUUCUUCCUGUUUGUGCCCCUUUAAACGAUCUUCUGAGGGGGAUGUUAAUUCAUGUUUAUGUUAUCAAGCACGGUUUGGAAUUUGAUGUGUUUGUUUCAAAUGCUUUGAUUAACAUGUAUGCUAAACUAGGUAGCUUAGAUCCUGCCAGACGUGUCUUUGAUCAAAUGCCAGUGCGUGACUUGGUUUCAUGGAACUCAAUUAUUGCUGCUUACGAGCAGAACAAUGACACAACUAGGGCUCUCGGAUUUUUUGUUCAGAUGAAACAAAAUGGUUUUCAGCCUGAUGCCUUGACCCUGGUGAGCUUGUCAUCUAUGGUUGCUCAAUCUGGGGACUCUCAAAAUAGCAGGCCUAUACAUGCUUUCAUGAUGAGGAGGGGUUGGCUGUUGGAAGAUAUCUUCCUUGGAAAUGCUGUUGUUGAUAUGUAUGCAAAAUUAGGUAGCAUAGCUUCUGCACAGAAAGCCUUUGAAGCAAUGCCAGACAAAGAUGUGAUUUCCUGGAAUGCUUUGAUCACCGGCUAUGCACAAAAUGGCCUUGCCAGUGAGGCAAUUGAGGUAUACCACAUGAUGGAAGGAUGCAGUGGAAUAGUACCAGACCAGGGAACGUUGGUGAGCAUUUUGCCUGCAUUAUCCCAUAUAGGAGCUUUGCAGCAAGGCAUGAGAAUCCAUGGACAAGCAAUUAGGAUGGGCCUCCAUUUGGAUGUUUUUGUAGGUACUUGUCUUAUAGACAUGUACUCCAAAUGUGGGAGGUUAGAUGAUGCAAUAUCUUUAUUCCUCCAAGUGCCACGGAUGAGUUCAGUUCCUUGGAAUGCUAUAAUAUCUGGUUAUGGAAUUCAUGGGCAUGGUGAGAAAGCACUAAAGCUCUUUCAGGAAAUGCAGAGUGAAGGGGUCAAGCCGGAUCAUGUCACCUUUGUAUCUCUCCUAUCAGCUUGUAGUCAUGCAGGUUUGGUAGAUCAGGGCCAGUGGUGCUUUCAGCUGAUGCAGGAAGACUAUGGGAUCAAGCCCAAUUUGAAGCAUUAUGGCUGUAUGGUUGACUUGCUUGGUCGAGCUGGCCAUUUGGAAAAGUCCUAUGCGUUUAUAAAGAAUAUGCCCAUACUGCCUGAUUCUUCUGUAUGGGGUGCUCUUCUUGGUGCUUGCAGGAUUCAUGGCAAUUUUGAACUUGGGAUGUUUGCAUCAAAUCGCUUAUUUGAAGUGGAUUCAGAGAAUGUUGGCUACUAUGUGUUGUUGUCAAAUAUAUAUGCAAAUGUUGGGAAAUGGGAUGGAGUAGAUAAAGUGAGGUCCUUGGCCAAAGAUAGGGGAUUGAAGAAGACCCCUGGGUGGAGUUCCAUUGAGGUGAAUAAUAGGGUUGAUGUAUUUUAUACGGGAAACAAGUCCCACCCUAAAUGUGAGGAGAUAUACAGUGAACUGAGAAUGUUGUUGGCUAAAAUGAAAAGCCUUGGUUAUGUGCCAGAUUAUAGCUUUGUGUUGCAGGAUGUCGAGGAAGAUGAAAAGGAGCAUAUUCUCACAGGCCAUAGUGAGAGGCUGGCAAUUGCAUUUGGGCUUAUUAGCACUCCUCCAAAGACAACUAUUAGGAUCUUCAAGAACUUGCGUGUCUGUGGGGAUUGCCACACUGCUACAAAGUUCAUAUCAAAAAUCACUGAGAGGGAGAUUGUUGUGAGGGAUUCAAACCGUUUUCAUCACUUCAAAGAUGGCAAUUGCUCCUGUGGGGAUUACUGGUGAUGAAAGUCAUAGUGAAGUGACCAUUUUUUUUUCAUUCUCGGGAGAACUAAACUGACAUUGAAGGUAUAAUUUGUUGAUCUAGCAAAGGUAAUUAUUGUUCAAUAACCAUAAGGGAAGAAGCUCACCAACUUAAGUUAUUUUCUGUAUUCUUUUACAUGAUAAAUUGAUUCUGUCUCUUCA